GAGCACUUUCAACAAACGGCCCCGUCUCUGACCGGAGGAGCAGCUGCAGGAGCUCGGUGGAGGAGAGAGAGGCAGGCGGAGAGCGCCGAGCAUCGGCUGGAUGCAAUACAAAGGUAACGAGGCUCCUCUGUGAGCGGACUGCUUGUGUUUUCAGCGGAGACGGAGGAAAGGUGUUUUUUCCUUUUUGCUACGGAGAGCAGAGGAUGUGAAUCACCAGUAAGAGCGUGAUGGCCGAGCAGGAGGCGCUCUGUUGCAGCAGCAUCGAGCAAAAUGUCCCCGGGACCUGGUUUCAGGAGUGAAAGCAGAGUGGCUAUCCUUCGUUCCGCAGACUCCAUUACGCACCAGCUGCUGCUGCUCCUAAAUGCGUUCAUUCCUGUUUCCGCUCUGUUCCCGUUCACGCUGUGAGAGGAUGGCUGGCUGGCGUUGAGGAGAACCAGUGUCGGCCCCUCGCUGGCUUCUGGGUCGCGUGUUCUUCCUGCGGCAGCACCACGGACAGCGACGAUGACUCGGCUGCGCAGGAAAGCGCUGGUUGCGCUUUUCCUCUUCACGCUCUUCAUUUUUGGGACCAUGAUGGGCCUGAGGACGCUGAAACCCAGCGACGGCUUUUCGGACCUGGCUCCUGGUAUGGAUUUCAUCGGGGAGAGGUCAGAGAGGAGGCGGCUGGAUGUGAAAGACGUGGUGGUUUCCCCAGGUCAGUUCCACAUGAGCAGCAGCGACACGAAGGUGGUUUUCACCAGAUCGGACCGGGAGUACAGCAUAUUCUACGACGUCCACAUCUUCUACUACCUGUGGUACGGCUCUCCUAGCGUGGACAACAAGUACAUCCACUGGGAUCACGUGCUGGUGCCACACUGGGACCCAAAGAUCGCAGCCAGCCAUGCUCAAGGAAAGCACACGCCUCCGGAUGACAUUGCCUCGAGUUUCUACCCCGAGCUGGGACCGUACAGCUCGAGGGACCCGAAGGUGCUGGAGUCACAUAUGGCCCAGAUAGAAGCGGCCGCAGCGGGAGUGCUGGUUUUGUCCUGGUAUCCUCCUGGGGUGGGGGACGACCACGGGGAGCCCACAGAGGACCUCGUUCCUACCGUUAUGGACGCUGCCCACAGGCACAGCAUCAAGGUGGCUUUUCACAUACAGCCAUACAAGGGCCGGACGGACCAGAGCAUGUAUGACAACAUCAAAUACAUUAUUGACAAGUAUGGAAAACAUGGCGCCUUCUACAAAUUCAAGUCGAGCACCGGGCGAGUACUGCCUCUGUUUUACAUCUACGACUCCUACCUGACACCGCCCGAGUCCUGGGCAGAACUUCUGACAGCUAAAGGCUCCCGCAGCAUUAGAGGCACGCCUUACGAUGGGAUUUUUGUUGCACUCAUUGUCGAGGAGCGUCACAAAUACGACAUCCUAGCUAGCGGCUUUGACGGCAUGUACACAUACUUUGCCUCUAACGGCUUUUCGUUUGGCUCGUCUCACCAGAACUGGAAGGCCAUCAAGGCAUUCUGUGACGCAAACAAUUUGCUGUUCAUCCCAAGCGUUGGUCCCGGGUACGUGGAUACUGCCGUUCGACCGUGGAACAACCAUAACACCAGGAAUCGUGUUAACGGACGUUACUAUGAGACGUCCCUGCAGGCAGCUUUGUCUGUCCGUCCAGAAAUCGUCACCAUUACGUCCUUCAACCAGUGGCACGAAGGCACACAAAUAGAGAAGGCUACGCCCAAGAAAACUGUGACCCGUUUGUAUCUAGAUUAUCAGCCUAACCAACCAGAACACUACUUGGAGCUAACACGCCAGUGGGCAGAGAACUUCAACAAAGAGAAGGACAAGUGGCUGAUGUGAGCGUCAGCUGAGUGAACAGUCUGAGCAUCGCUACAACAUGAUGUUGAGCUCGCUGCUACACCUCUGUGUUCCUCCACUUAACUGUUUUUCCCCAAGUCUGAGCGCUCCACACAAAGUUUCCGCUCAGCGCUCUCUUCCUGUUUCGAUUGCCUGUCAUUUUUGUACAUGUUAACAAUGACAUUCACAUGUUGAUGCUUCAGGGUUGCAGUGAUAAACAGCUAACACUGGUUUUGUGAGUAGUGUGGGGUUCUGACUACUAAAACCAUGUGGAUGUGUACAGUAACUCUGCUACUCUGUGAGGUUUAUGUUGUAUUAUCCAAUGCUCCAGACUGUUCUUUCCUGUCUUUCCAUGGUGACAAAUUAAACUGUGUGUCUGUUUACA